CAGGGAUCAAAGAGGUUGGCUGUUUGGUCCAAUUGCAAUUUGCAUGCCACCAUCCCAAUUGCAUUAAUAUUCACACCCAAUCCAUCCCAACUACCAAAACCGCCCAAACCACCCAAACCAAAGCAGCAAUAAGUAACUCCAACGACUUCCUCCCUCUCUUUUCCAGGCUCUUUGGAUACUUUCACCACCCGGCGCAUUUCACCAAACCAUAGUUACAAAAUGGCGCACCCAAUUGCGGAGGCGAACGACCAAAGCCCCUUCGGCUCUUUGACCCCUGACGCCUUCUAUUCCCACCACAAAGUCUCUCACGCCUCCGAGUACAUCACCAAUCCCAGAGGCCUCAAGCUCUUCACCCAGUGGUGGACCCCACUUCCUCCCACUCCUGUCCUCGGAACCCUGGCCAUCGUCCACGGCUUCACCGGCGAGACCAGCUGGUUCGUCCAGCUCACCGCCGUCCACUUCGCCAAGUCCGGCUUCGCCGUCUGCGCCAUCGACCACCAGGGCCACGGCUUCUCCGACGGCCUCGUCGCCCACAUUCCCGACAUCAACCCCGUCGUCGACGACUGCAUCUCCUUCUUCGACUCCUUCCGCGCCCGCCACGCGCCGCCCAACCUCCCCGCCUUCAUCUACGCCGAGUCCCUCGGCGGCGCGAUCGCCCUACUCAUCACGCUCCGACAAGGGAGUGGCGCUUGGAACGGCCUCAUCCUCAACGGCGCCAUGUGCGGGAUCAGCGCCAAGAUCAAGCCGCCGUGGCCGCUUGAGCACCUGCUCUUCCUCGUCGCGGCGGUGAUCCCGACGUGGCGCGUGGUUCCUACGCGGGGGUCGCUGCCGGACCUGUCGUUCAAGGUGGAGUGGAAGCGGAGGCUGGCGCUGGCGAGCCCGAGGAGGACGGUGGCAAGGCCGCGGGCGGCGACGGCGCUUGAGCUGCUGAGGGUGUGCAAGGAGAUUCAGGCGAGGUUCGAGGAGGUGGAGGUACCGCUGCUGAUCGUCCACGGCGGCGACGACCUCGUCUGCGACCCCGCGUGCGUCGAGGAGCUCCACGGGCGCGCGUCGAGCAAGGACAAGACGCUGAGGAUCCACGAGGGCAUGUGGCACCAGCUGGUUGGUGAAACCCAGGAUGACGUCGACUUGGUGUUCGGCGAAAUGGUGGCGUGGCUUCGUACUCGAGCCGAACGCGCCUCCACCGCCGCCGCCGCCGUCGCGAACGGUGGCGCUGCCUAGUCUAGUCUAUAGGGGUUAGUAAGGUUUUAGUGAUGUGAUCACUGUGUUAAGUUAAACUUAGUUGGAACAGAGAAGGAAGAAGCAGCAUAAGUAGCCAAUGGAAGCAUGCCAUGUCACUUGGAAGUUUAAAUAAAAAUUAUUAAUUCAUAUAGAAUUAAUAUGAUAAAGCAAAUAUGUGUGACAUUCUUAAA